AAAAAGUUGGAACCGGGCAGGUUUUAGAAAGAAGAAAAAAGGGGCGGAGGAUUUCACGUUGCGGAGGUUGAAACGCAGGCAGGCGGCGGAGGGUGUCACUGAAAUUUAUAAUUUCGCCAAAUGAGAUAAACCCAUCACACUAUCAACAAUCCCAAAUGGCUGGGGGAUCCGAAAGAGAAGAUAAGGUGUCUCUGGAGCUGACGGAGGAAAUUAUUCAAAGCAUGGAAGUUGGGUUAGCUUUCAGAGACUAUAGUGGUAGAAUUAGUUCGUUGGACUUUCACAAGGCGUAUAGUUAUGUAGUGACUGCUAGUGAUGACGAGUCGAUUCGCCUGUAUGAUGUCUCCACUGCAACAUGCUUGAAGACCAUCAAUAGCAAAAAGUAUGGAGUUGAUUUGGUUUGCUUUACUUCACAUCCGACAACCGUUAUAUACUCUUCCAAAAAUGGCUGGGAUGAAUCCUUGAGGCUUCUCUCGUUGAAUGACAACAAGUACUUGCGCUACUUCAAAGGCCACCAUGACAGGGUAGUCUCGCUUAGCUUGUGUUCUCGUAAAGACUGCUUCAUCUCAGGCUCUCUUGAUAGAACUGUUCUGCUUUGGGAUCAACGUGCCGAGAAGUGCCAGGGUCUUUUACGCGUUCAAGGAAGGCCUGCCACAGCUUAUGAUGAUCAAGGGCUAGUUUUUGCAAUUGCCUUUGGUGGUUACAUAAGAAUGUUUGAUGCCAGAAUGUACGAAAAGGGUCCUUUUGAAAUCUUUUCUGUUGGGGGAGAUAUGUCAGAUGCAAAUGUUAUCAAGUUCAGUAACGAUGGGAGACUUAUGCUUUUAACAACCACAGGUGGACAUAUUCAUGUUCUUGAUUCAUUCCGUGGAACUCUUUUAACCACAUACAAUGUAAAGCCAGUCUCCGGCAGUUCAACGUUAGAGGCUUCUUUUAGCCCCGAGGGGAUGUUUGUCAUAUCAGGUUCAGGUGAUGGUAGUGUCUAUGCUUGGAGUGUUCGGAGCGGGAAAGAAGUCACAAGCUGGAAGAGCACCGAAAAUGAACCUCCAGUUAUUAAAUGGGCUCCUGGAAACCUAAUGUUUGCAACUGGAUCGUCUGAACUAUCAUUUUGGAUUCCAGAUUUGUCUAAAUUGGGAUCUUACGUUGGAAGAAAGUAGAAAUCUCCGGUCAUCUCCCGGCAAAUUUCUAGCCCAAAGCAGCUCGAGGAUACCAUAUAACCGUCGACUUGUUACUGAUACUUGAAGUUACCGCCAGAGUUCCAUCAAAACUGUUGUGUUUCGUUCUUGCCUUCGGGACCCCAGUAACAGAGAAAAAAACAAUUGUACUACAUAUUACGAGUCAUUCUUUUUAACUCCUACAAAGUAGAUUCUGAAAGUGUAUGCAGAUCCUCUGCACGUAAUGUCCUGGUAGUAUUACCUUGCCUUUGUAAAGUCGGUGUCAGGGACCUGAAUGUAACUUUUGCAGAAUUAUCACUUCCAAAUUCGUGAUAGUAUUAGUAUAUGCUUCUUUCUUUC